AUGCCACCAUCUCCAAAGCAUAGACUCCCGCCUUAUAAGAUCAACCUCAGAUAUCCAAAUCAACCUAGAACCUCGCCGAGGUGGAUUUCGCUUCCCCUCUUUUUGGGCAAAAAGUUCACAUACAUCCUUGGGAUACUCUUAUGCAUAUCGGCAUUUGUAUACUUGAGAAAGGAUACGACUGUCGCUCCACUGGGAGCACCAUGCACUGUUGGCUAUAAAGGAAGUCCUCCAACGCAGUAUGCCAUCAUGGUAGACGCUGGAUCUACUGGAUCACGAAUUCACGUAUACGAAUUCUCAAACUGCCAUGGUGCGGCCUCACCAUUCCUAGUCAGUGAGGUCUUUAACGAGACGAAACCAGGUCUCUCGUCAUAUGCCAAGAGUCCUGAAUCUGCUGCUGCAAGUUUGGACGUGCUACUAGACGAAGCUGUAAAAGUCAUUCCAAAGAUAUACCAUUCCUGCACUCCCAUAGAAGUUAAAGCCACUGCAGGAUUACGAUUACUAGGAGCCGAGAUAUCGCAGAAGAUUCUAGCUACCGUACGGAAACAUCUGGUCGCGGAUUAUCCAUUCCUGGUUCCACCGCAGGAAUCCAGUGUAGCAGUCAUGGAUGGAGCUGAUGAAGGUGUCUUUGCAUGGAUUACUGUAAAUUAUUUAUUAAAACGCUUUUCGUCGCCUUCAAAGGGCAAGCAAGGGACUGUAGCUAUCAUGGAUUUAGGAGGAGCAUCGACUCAAAUAGUAUUUGAGCCAACCGUACCACCACCAGAACCUCAUCGUGUUGAUAUCGCAUUAAACGGAGUGACGUAUAUAUUAUAUCAGUGGUCGUAUCUUGGAAACGGACUAAUGGAAGCCCGUAAAUUAACAAAAAGCAGAGCAUCAGCCAAAAUACCCGCAAUACAUCCAUGUCUAGGACCAAACCAUAGUGAUUCAGUCAUGAUUGACAAUGCAUUGACAAUCAUAAAGGGACAGGACGACGUAGAAUUCGAUGAAUGUCAUUCAUUCGUAAGUCAGGCUACCAUGGACAAGUCUAUAGCGUGUCCCUUCCCACCUUGCUCAUUCGCAGGCGUGCAUCAUCCACCACUCCAUAAACAUUUCGCAGAUCGGGACAUAUAUGCAUUCUCGUACUUUUACGACAAGACACAGGGGCUUGGCCUGCCGUCUGAAUUCGAUAUCAAGAGUAUUAGAGAAUAUGGCAUUCAGAUAUGUGAUUCGGUUGAGAAGGAGGCUGUAGUUAGGGACGAUGCUGCUGCUUUGGAUAAAGCGCAUCUGUGUCUUGAUUUGGCGUAUAUUUAUGGACUGUUGAAGGAUGGGUAUGGGAUUGAGGAUGAUCGUAAGAUACAGAUUGCGAAAAAGAUUACGGGGUAUGAGACGGGAUGGUGCUUGGGCGCUGCUUUGAGUUUGGCUGAUCGGCAUAAGAUGCAGUGCUCGCAGAUUGUGGAUCCCAAGAUUAAGAAGGGGCCUGUUGCCAAAGAUGCAUAG